GCCACUUSACCAACCGUCAACAACCCUUUUAAUCUGUGGUUCAGUUGGCUAACUAAUUUACCUGGCAGGGGGUGAACUGUUUUACAAAUGCUUGACAAUAAAAUAGUAAAGUUAUACCUAAGAAGGGAAUUGUUAACAGAAUGACUGCGACAGAUGAAACAUAUUUGUGGAGAGAGAAGAUUGAGGAGAAGCUCAAACGGGUAACGUUAGGCUCGCUGGCUAGUUACAGUAGCUAGCGUUAGCAAAUCAAGUUAUCCAUGAACUAGGACUAACGUUAGCAGCUGUAGCUUGCUAGURACGCCUGGGUUAGGGUGUCAAUCAGACCACACAAUGGCUAGUGAACACUUAACAUGUCUGUCCUAAUAUUAUAUGACAUUGCUUGCUAGAGUAGUAGACUUACUAUUAACGUUUUGACUAUUUGUAUGAGAACUCACUGUAGCCUCAUUAAAAGGGACAAUAAUAUUCGCUGUAGGAAGAGCUAACGUUAGCCAAAUUAGAUUAAACUAGCUAGCUACCAAUCCGUUUUCUUCUCAAGGAUCAAGAUCUGCUGACAUUCGUUAGCGACAGCCUUAAAAGAAGUGAUCAACUGACUAAAGGCAUGGUGUCCAUUCUCUCAUCGUUGGAGGGCCGUUUGGAGCACCUGGAGAACUCGGUCGUUCCCAUGCACGAAAGCACACAGAACCUACUGCAGCUGAAGGGGACAAUGCAGAAGACAUUAUUCUACYUGGACGAUGCCAUCGGCCAUUACCAAGCCGUCCGAGACACAGACAAGAUCAUCAUACAGGGGCCUACAGGAAGAAUUUCUGACUAUCUAGCCUGUGUUCACCGACUCAAGAAAGCAGAGGAGUACUUUCAACAGGAAGACCCGGACGGGCCUGAGCUGAAUAUGCUG